CAUUAAACCCUAAACACUGUUGCCCUUAAAAUUUCUGAGCACGAUUCCCUUUUCCAAUGGUUCUUACCCGAAUCAUCUUCUUCAAUCGUCUGAUUUCUUCUCGUACAACCCCGAUUUCCCUUGAUACCAUAUCUCGCCGGGAGUUCUUCCCCGUGUUUAUCGUUGAUUCAUCUCCUUUCUUUCUUACCAGGGGAAUCUCUUCACUCGUUGGUGGGGAUUCUAAACCUGCGAAACCGAAGAGUCUGUCAUCAAUAUUUGCCGAUUCAUCAGCGGAUUCGCAAUCCAAAAAGCCACUACUUUGCCCUAGCGAUGUUAAAGCAAAGUGGGGGAAGAGAGACGAGAACAAGCAACAGCAAAUUGUUAGAGCUUCCAUGUUUUGUCAUAUGCAAGAGAAAAAGUUCCCUGAGGAACUCUCUCCUGAGGCAGCGCUGCUCUUGAAGGUUUUGCAGGAGGAAUUGUAUGUGAAGUUGCAACCCAACGAGGUCCGGGCAAAUUUGCCUUCUCGACAUCUGCUUAGGUUGGCAGCGGAGAAGCUAGGUCAGCGUCAUCAGGAAAUUGCUAAGUGGUUAUCUGGAAGUCACCUAAAAAAGGUUGCUCUGCUUGGUUGCCCAUCUAUCGAGAGAAAAACAGUGUUUGCAUCCAAACGAUUACGUUCGUUCUUCAAUAUUCAAGAAGAUAUAAUAUGCCGUGGUUGCAAGCUAAAAACUUCUUGCAAAUUUGUAAACCAAAGAGUAGACAAAGUGGAGAGAGUGAUUUUAGCCGAUGUAAUGAGGCUCCUCACUAUAUUAGCUUUUGAUGCUGUUCCUCAGCAACUGUCAGUUCCUUCUGAUGUGAAACUCUCUGUCGAUAAAUUGCUGAAAGAAGCCAUCAAUCUAAGUGCAUGACAUGCAUGAUAGUUCAGAGUUUUUCCAAAUGGAACUGAAAUAUGUACAGUUAUUGAUAGAUCUGAAAGGAAAAGAAGAGGAAUAUUGAAGAUGUUUCAGCCUUUUAAGCAAAUGUAAAUGCCUCAAGCCACGUCUUCGGAUAAUGGCUCUGCUAUUGUUUUAUGGUAAGAAAAUUCAUUUAUGCAUGAAUCUCAUUAUGCACAUUAGAACUAUGGAGCCUGGCACCCAAACUGAAAGAAAAAGUUGUCCAGGAGAUUAUAUGCAUAUAUGUGGAAUGAAAUAUAGACGAUUUGAGCUCUUUACAACCAGACUAAUAGCAGCCCGCAUUAUAGAAAUUGGAGCUUGAUUUUCACUAUGUUUGUUGGCUUAUUGCCAGUCAUCAUGCAAGCAUCCUACCAGGGAUUUUCAACUAUGUUAGUUUGUUUUCCAGUCUGUAUGACAAUAAACUUGUCCUCUUAUAGGGUGGUAAUUCAAUUUCAUUUUGGGGGGCAUAUACAUAAAUAGCACACAUUUCUUAUGCAUUCACAUAUCAGAGCUAAACUUUCAUAUUUACACAUAUCGCACAAAUUCUUAAUAUCGCAUCAUAAAUAGCAUUAUUAUCACUUUUUUUUAAAAUGAAAUGUACCUUUUCAUGUUUGAAGCACAAAGUGCUAUGUAUGUACAUAUGAAAGUUUGGUAUGAGAUAUGUAAAUACAUAUGAAAUGUCCCGUUAACUAUUUUAAAGAGGUUGAUAACACCACCUCCAACC